UAGAGCCAGUCCACGGCAACAUUAGAGGAGAGAAAGCAGAGGAGGCGUGUGUGUGUGUGUGUAUAUGCGAGUGUGUGUGUGUGCCGAGCAGUGAGAGUAAAAGCACAGUGACUUCUCUUUUUUUGUGGAGUGUUGGUGGCUCCGUGUGUGUGUGUGUGUGAGUGACUGUGUGUGUGUGUUGUUGAAGGAGAUGCUGCUGGGUGUGAUGGCUCUUUUGCGUUAGUAUCUGUGCGGACGGGAGAGUUGGAGGCAGUUGUUUUGUGGGACUCGCAGGGAAUGGCAAACUCCACGGUAUCCUUGGAAACAUCCGACUAAAUGACAAUGGCCGAGGCGAUCUGCUGCACUUUGGUGAACUGUAACUGCGACAGCUUCAAGCCUGGGAAGCUGAAGAGGAGGCAGUGUGAAAACUGCAAACAUGGCUGGGUAGCACACGCUCUGAGUAAACUGAAGGUGCACCACAUGUACCAGAGCAGCCAGGUGGAGAUUGUGCACUCCAACGUGGUGUUUGAUAUCUGCAGCCUGAUGCUGUACGGCACCCAGGCCAUCCCCAUCCGCCUCAAGAUCCUCCUGGACCGUCUGUUCUCUGUCCUCAAGCAGGAGGAGGUCAUCCAGAUCCUCAACGCGCUCGACUGGACGCUGCAGGACUACAUACGAGGAUACGUGCUCCAGGAUGUAGCAGGAAAGGUGCUGGACCGCUGGGCCAUCAUGACGUUUGAGGAGGAGAUCGCCACGCUGCAGCAGUUCCUGCGUUUCGGCGAGACCAAGUCCAUAGUGGAGCUGAUGGCUCUGCAGGACAAAGAGGGCCAGGCGGUAUUGGUCCCCAGCACCCGUACCAACUCAGACAUCCGCACUUUCAUCGAGCGCAACACCCCACGCACCGCCGCGAACCUCUCCACGUCCAAAGUCGAUAAGCUGAGCAGCAGCAGCAUGCACCACUUUGAGAACUUUGUCAACAGCAUGGCGUUCAUGCUGCCUUUUCAGCUGCUGGGCUCCGUUCCUGCGCCAUUUCUGGGCUCGCCGACCGGGGCGCCGCAGCAGCAGCACCAGCAGCACCAGCAGCACCAGCAGCCGUGCCGUGGGUCGAUGGAGCAGCAAAAUCAGAGACGAGAUGAUCAGAUUCGGGAUGGUCUAGGGAGGGAGAACCCCCUCACUCUGUCACACCCUGCAGAGAACACCCUGCUGGGAUCCAGCUCCGUCUCCUUCACUUCUGAUCUGGACCGAAGUGGAGACAAACCGAUGGACAACCUCUCCGCCACCACAAAGAUCGAAGCAGAGGACUUCUCCACGAGUGACAACUACUCAGAUGGGCCCUCCACGCCGUGCACGCCCUCCAUGAGCUCUGACGUCACACAGAUGUCCCCCGAGGGCAAGCUGCGCUCCCUGGAGAGGAACGGGAGCGGCGGUGGCGGGGUCACAGGAGGCGCCGGAGGGGGAUGCUCUCUGAAAAAGGGGCGUGUGUUUUGCAACGCCUGCGAGAAGACGUUCUACGACAAAGGCACGCUGAAAAUCCACUACAACGCAGUGCACCUGAAGAUAAAGCACAAGUGUACCAUCGAGGGCUGCAACAUGGUGUUCAGCUCGCUGCGCAGUCGCAAUCGCCACAGUGCCAACCCCAACCCACGGCUACACAUGCCCAUGAACCGAAACAACCGGGACAAAGACCUGCGGGGCAGUUUGUCCGCCGACGAAAGCUCUCAAGGAGAAAAGAGGCCCGAAUAUGGAGCCCCGAUCCCCGUGUGCUCUGCAGAAAGCCAUAAAUCAGUGCCGAGCUACAUGGUGAGCCACGUGGACACCGGCUCCAAACUCAGCUCGUUCCCCAGCAUGGGCCAGAGCGGCAUCCUCUUCCCAAACUUAAAAACAGUCCAGCCGGUCCUGCCUUUCUACCGCAGCCUGGUGACCCCGGCAGAGCUCGCCAACACCCCGGGAACACUCCCCUCCCUUCCUAUGUUGUCCUCCUCUGUCCCCAUCAAACCCCUCACAGCCCCCGAACCCUGCAUGACAGACCCAAUACCAAAGAAAAAGUCUCGCAAGUCAAGCAUGCCGAUAAAGAUCGAGAAGGAGGUGGUGGAGCGGGACGAGCAGAUGGACAAGGGGAGCAGCUCCGAGGACGAGGCUCCUCUACAGGGCAGGGACAAGGAGGAGUGUAACGGAGGCCGAGCAGAAGGGCGUGUGUGUGUUUCGGAGGAGAGGGAGGCUUACAUCGGCGAAGAGAAGGAAAGAGAGGGCGCCAAGCAUCUGUUGGACCAAACUUUGGACAGAGAGGUGACAGCGAGGGAGGACAAAGAUGAUGCGGCGAGGCAAGCUGAAACAGGCGUCAUCACCUGCGCGUCCUCCCCCUUCGAAGACAGACUGAUGGAGAAUCACUGUGACAACAAUCCACUCUGUCAGGAGCCAAACGGCAAUGAAGAGCGGGAGAGCAGGGAGCGUGACAACGAGAAGAUGUCGGAGAUCAGAUGGGAUGAGGGCGAGCACAGGCUGACAAACGGGGGCGCUCUGCAGCUCCUCGACCGCGAGAGGGAGGGAUCCGACGGCUGCGUGGAUGACGCGGACUUGUCUCACCUCGACCCCAACGCUGACCUGCCGCACCACUGUGAGAUCUGCCGUAAGACCUUUAAGAACCCCUACAGCGUCAAGAUGCACUACCAAAACGUCCACCUGAAGGAGAUGCACUUGUGCACGGUGGACGGCUGCAACGCCGCCUUCCCCUCCCGCAGGAGCCGAGACAGACACAGUGCAAAUCUGAACCUGCACCACAAGCUGCUGACCAAAGACUCAUUCAGCCCCGCCAACACCCUGUACCUGCCCUCCCCCCACUGUAGAGACAGAGACUCUGUAGGCCUGGACUACUACCAGGACCCGCGGGACAGAGAUCUGCCCCAUCGAGACCCCACCAGCCAGACCUCCGUCAUCUUCAGAGGACACAAUCGCAUGGGCCUCGUCUUCCCCAUGAGCAAAAUAUCUACCAGUGCCGAGGUUUCUCCCAUAGCAGAAAUGGAGGGAGGAGGAGGAGGUGGAAAUGGGGAGGAUGGGGCAGUCCUGGACUUGAGCACCUCCUCCUCCGCCCCCCCUCGCGGCGGCGGCAGCGCUCGAUCUUCCUGGGACUCAGAUGGCGCCGGCAGUGAGGAAGGCGAGGGGAUUGAAGAGGAUGAGGAGGCGCUCCCCAUGGAGGACAGUGAUGAAAGCUGCGAUGGGAUGGGCGUGGGGGGGCCCGGGGGCGAGGAGCUGGCACUCGGGGGAGAGAGGACCCUGGGCUGCAUCGGGGGAGGGCAAGGCGGGCUUCAGGGAGGCGCGGGCGGGACUCCGAUAACCUGCCACGUGUGCCAAAAGGUCUACAGCAACAAGGGCACGUUCAGAGCUCAUUAUAAGACUGUCCACCUGCGGCUGCUUCACAAGUGUAAAGUCCCCGGCUGCGACACGUCCUUCUCCUCGGUGCGCAGCAGAAACCGGCACAGCCAGAACCCAAACCUCCACAGGAACCUCGCUGUUAGUUCAGGGGCCGCCAUGGACCAGGAGUAGGGAUCUGAGUCAAACAUGACUGAUUUCGUUGGUUCUAAUUGUCUUUUUGUUGUUGUUGUUGUUGUUGUUUUGGGGCUCCUAAAGAAGGCUCACCAAUUAGCACUUUUUAAAUUCCAUACCGUGGUCCAUCCUGUCGUCACAUUUCACACAAAAAAAGUAAAGAAAGAAAGAACGUACAAUAAGACUGUCUGUGUUUACACAUCAACAAGAAAAUAAAGAAACUCAUUUGUCGGGAAAACAUUUUCCAGCGUUGAUUCAACAACCUUAAAGAAACAGUGUGUAAGAUUUAGGGGGAUUUAAUGGAAACCAGCUGAUACUUCUUCAGGUUAGAGGUCCUUCAUUGUUCAGGAGGUUAAUUAUCCGCAGAGGUCUCUUCCUCCCCGAAACAAACAGACCAAGUGAUUUUAACCCGGAAAGACACUGAGUGAAGCAGUUUCACCGAACCCUAACCCGAGAAAUCAGUGUUUCUGUGAUGCUGUUUGGCAUGUUAGAGACAAGCGGCUCACCUUUCCUCUCUGAUAACUUCAGCUUCAGAGGUUUUUACUGAAAAACAAAUUAUCUGCUGAGUUCUCUUUCUCUCCAAAACAAACAAAUCCAGUGACGUAAAACGGUAAAAACACUCUGGACUCGGACCUGCUCCAUUAGCUGAUAUAAAAGGCUCAUUUUAGUGGUGUUCACACUGCACGCGAUGCAAAUGUUAUCAUCACAUUACUUUCCUCUAUAUGCCGGUUGGACAUUUUUUUGAGUAUUUUGCAACUGGGGAAUAUUUGCCAGUUGUGCGAACUAACUGGAGAAGGCAGCUAACGGUUAAAUUGGUUUGCAGUGAAGUAAAACCGAAAUAAAACUGAAAUAACGUGAUGUUAACGUAACAACAAGAGUGAAUCACAGCAGCAGCUUUCUUUAUAAUCUAUCAAACGGACGCUGGUGGCAGAAAUUAACUAUUAUUAACUUAAUUAUUAAGUACCUUUGAUCAAGUACUGUGUUGAGUAAAUCUGAGGUACUUUUACUCCACUACAUUUCUGAGGGAAAUUUUUUACUUUUUUACUUUUCUACAUUCUUCUAACAGCUUAAGUUACAAGUUAAGUUUCUUUUAUUUGCAUGAAAAAAGCACAUACAAGUUUAUAAAAUAUGAUGUUCUGUUACACAUUAAACAGUCAAUAUACAUACGGCCAAAAUGGUUAGGAGAUUAAUCAAUUAGCCAGUUGGCAAAAUUUAUUGAUAAACAUGUAAGUAAUUAUCUAACUUGUCUAAACU